AUGAAGCACUUCACAGCUCUCUCCGGCCUUGCCGCCCUCGCGGCCGCCGCUCCCUUCUACCCAAAGCCAUCAGGCUACCCACCACUCCCAACAGGCGCUCUCCCACCACCUCCACCAGGCAGCGGCAUCGCCCACCCAACUGUUCCUCUCUACCCAAUCCCAACUGGAGCUCCACUGCCACAUCCAUCAGGCAACGGCUUCCCACCAUUACCAACAGGCUCUGGAUUUCCAGCACCCUCAGGCACGGGCAUCUUCACCAUCGAUCCCGUCGGCACAGGCACCGCACCACCCUUCCCCAUCGGCACUGGCACCGCUCCACCUUCUCCAAUCGGCACCGGUUCAGCUCCCUACCCAUACAAGCGCGAAGCACAGCUAGAGUCCUUCUCCUUCCCAAGCCUGUCACUCCCAACAGGCGGUCUCGGCGGCGGCUCAGGCAUAGCUGCACCAACCGGUCUGCCCAGCAUCUCCUUCCCAGCCGGCGGUCUGGGCGGAGGAAGUGCCGCUCCAACAGGAUUCCCAGGCCUGGGCAGUGGUUCCGGCGAUCUCCCAAGUCUGUCCCUCCCAUCUGGCGUUGCGGCUCCUACUGGUGGUUUUGGUGAGCAGCGUGGUUAUCAGGGCAAGAUUGUUGCCGGUGAUGAGAGCGAGGGCGUGGAGACUGAGGAGGAUGAGGAGUAG